CAGCAGCGCCAGCGCUACGUCACCAAGAUGGGCAAGUGCCAGGUGAACCUGGGCAACAUCCAGGAGAAGAAGCGCUUCCUCUCCGACAUCUUCACCACCAUCGUGGACCUCAAGUACCGCUGGUUCCUCUUCGUGUUCAUGAUGUGCUACAUCGCCACGUGGCUGCUCUUCGGCGUCAUCUACUUCGCCGACGCGUGGGUUCGGGGCGACGUGCAGCACAUCGGCGACCCCGAGUGGAAGGCGUGCAUCGAGAACGUGGACAAUUUCGUUUCUGCCUUACUCUUCUCCGUGGAAAGCCAGAGGACCAUCGGCUAC